AUGCAGCUGAUGAGCGAGUUCUAUGGCUCAGCACAGCUGGUGCCAUAUGACGGCAAACAAGUGUCAAACUUCCGCUCCACCAUCCACAAGACAGAAAAAUUCAAAGAUAUGCAGGAAACUUUGGAUUACUUCAGAGCAUUGAAAGAAGAAGACCCUGAAUUCUUCUACAAGAUCAAACUUGAUGACAACCAUAGGGUUGAGAACCUGUUUUGGGUUGAUUCAGCUACAAGGUGGCAUAUCAUGGACAAGUUUUCAGGCACAAUUGGACCGAUCCUUGCUAAAAAUGAUGAGCUGAAUGAGGAGUUUGUGGAUUGCUUAAACCACACUAUAAGCCCAGAAGAUUUUGAGUCAAAGUGGGAUACUAUGUCGACUCAAAGGAGCGAGGGGUUCAAUGCUUUGUUGAAGAAGUAUGUGAACCCAAACUUGUCAGUGCUACAGUUUGUGAGGCAGUACCAGAAAAUACAAGAAAAGUGUCUGGUUCUCCAAAGAGUUUUUCUCUCCAAAGAGUUUGAGAAAACUGCAGAAUAUGAUGUGAAGCCUGUAGGGCAGUUCCAAUAUUGGUUGGAGCCCAAUAAUAGCUUUGUUUUUGGGUAUGGAAAAAGGAACUAUCUUGUUACAGCAAUAGAAGAGGAUGAAAGCUAUUGCUGCGAGUGCAGCAAGUUUGAUAGGGAUGGAAUCAUUUGCUAUCACAUUAUGAGAGUUAUGGUCAGAAUGGGUGUGGAAUUAAUACCAGAAAGGUACAUCCUUAAAAGGUGGACGCAACAAGCAAUUGCUAGUGAUACUAAUCAGGUCCAAAAUCUGAAUGCACCAGUGGGACUUGUAGCCCGUGGGAUGCCAUUGACUAGUGAGAAAACUUUGAGAUUGACCAACGCAACCACCGCAUUUGUAGCAAUAGCAGUGGAAGGUUGUACAAAUGAUGAAAACUAUGCUAUUUUGGAGAAGCACAUUAAGGAGAUGCGAUCUGAAUUCGAAGAAAUUAAGAAAAGGACGAUGGCAAAUAGGCAAAACACUAGUGGUGCAAAAGGUGGUGCUACAGAAGGUGCACAAAAUGGUACAGGUGUCUCUACUCUAACUGGACCUUCAUUGCAAACUGCAGCUUUAAAAAACUAG